AUGAAAAAUUUAUCUGUCGAAAAAGUAUACGGUUGUAGUACGAUUCAUCGAAAUUUAAUUAUUGCUUUACCACAAGAUCGUGUGGCGUAUGUUGCUGGAUCCUAUCUGGUCAUACAUAGUUGUAAAACAAAUGAACAACAUUAUUUACAAUUUUCAGCUAUUGAACUCUUAUAUUUAUCAUUAACUGGAUCACUAAUGGGAGUGAUUGAUCGUACAAAUCAAGAUGAGACGCGUGUACAUAUCUACGGGACAAUUCCCAUUCAUUUAGUUUAUGUUAUUGAACCCGAUCGUUUUGGCUCGUUUAUUGGUUUAGCAAUAAAUACAUCGGAUAAUAUUUUGAUGAUUUUACAUUCAAAACCUGCUUAUAUGAUCACUAUUCAAGAAAUACAAUAUGAUCAACAAGAACAUGAAGAUUUUAAUAUUGUUGAUAUUGGAAGUGUUCGCGCUGUACAUGGUCCGGUAUUAAAUCAAAUGACAAAAUGUGAUGUUGUACCACAUGCAUUUAUGAUUAGUUUUUGUCCAAAAUCAAAUAUAUUAUUUUGUGUCAGUGGUGAAGCACUAUUCAAAACCUAUGUUAUACGAAAUCAAAUUGUUGAACAAGAAAUUGUUCAUUUUAGACCAGAAUUUUAUACAUUUAUGUGUCAUGCAUGGCUAGAUGAAAACAGUAUACUAGAUGUCCUUGAGAUGAUUAAAGAUGAGACAUUUGUAAAUAUGUUGAAUGAAGCAACAAUAGCCUCUCAACAACAACAAUUACGGAUAUCUGGUCCAUUAUACGAUGGUUCUAUAGUAUCCGCACAAAAUAUUUCUUAUCUUGAUAUAGCUGUAUCUGAUCAGUUGUUACCUUAUUUCAUUUGUACAUAUCAAGAAUAUUUUCUCGUAUUUGCUCCCAUUCAAGAUGAACCAUAUUUUGAUGUCAUUUAUCGUCAUCAAUUAAUUAGUUCUAACAAACAUCAUAAUGAAAUUUUUGAUGUAAAUAAAAUAUUAAAAAUAUCUUCAAUAUGGGAAUUUAAAACAAAAGUGUAUUUAUUAACUGACCGUAAUAAUAUAUUUUGUUAUUAUUUAACAAAGAACACGGAUGUAAAUGCUGAACAAAUACUAUCCGUUGAAGAAGAUUAUAUUUAUGGUUUUCAUUCUUAUUCAGUUAAUAAUAUCGGAUUAGGUAUUCAUAAAUCGUGGUUAAUCUCAAUGGGCGGAGAUAAUAUGGUUCGAAUUAUAGAUUAUAAAGAUAAUAGUAGAGAAAUAAUAUCAAAAUCUAUUCGAGAGGGUGCCUAUUCAGUAAGUGGCGCUGAUCCAUAUUGUUUACACGUAGUAUUAGGUGGACAUAAUCGUUUACAAUUAUAUUUGAUAACAAAUUAUGAAUUACGUAUGGUACAUCAAUUUGAAGCAAGAGGCGUCAAAGAACUAAAUAUGAGUCAAUGUGGUCAUUUAAUCGCGGCUAUUAUGAAUAAUUCAGUUCAAAUUUAUUCUACAAUAACAUUGCGUUUACUUAGUCAACUACGUGGACAUGUCGGAAAAAUAAAACAAGCGGUAUGGAGUAAAAAUGAUUCAACAUUGACCACAGCAGGUAGUGAUGGAAUGAUUUGUAUUUGGAAUGUAUUCAAUGGUAUGCGUGUGGGUGAAGUUAUAACAAAACAAUUUCAUUAUUUGGGUAUUGCCGUAACGUCUGAUAACAGUAAAAUGUAUGCAAUAGCCUCAGAUGCUUCAAUAAAAGUAUUUAGUUCAACAAAUUUAGAGAACGAAUGGAAAGUGGAACAAAGAUAUCAACCAACGGCCAUUUCACUCUCAAAAUCUGAAAAAUUACUAUUUGUUGGUUUGUCAAACGGGACAAUACGUAUAUAUACAUUACCGUUAGCACCAGAAGGAUACAUUGACAUUCCAGCACAUGGCGGACCUGUACGACGAUUAAUACCAUCAAACGAUGAUGUUUAUUUAGCGUCGAUUGGAGAAUCAGCUUACGUUCUGUUGUUUAAAUAUAAACCUGUUUUUGGUAAUAACAGAGACAUUGAUCAUUUUCAAUGCCAAAUAGAGCAACAACAAAGGAAAGAUCCAUCAGUCACAUCUUUGUUACCGAAAUUUCAUCAUAUACUCGUUACAAAAGCCGAAUUUGAUGAACAAAAUCGUAAAUUAUUUGAUACUGAAUUGCGUAUCAACGAAGUUCAAACGGAAAAUGACUUAAGGUUACGUUCAAAGCAAAUACAAUUUUCGAAACAUUUAAAUUAUUAUCAAAAUCAUUUUGAAACACAAAUGAAACAAUUAUAUCAUCAAUAUGAAAAGCUGAAAUCCGAGACACAAGAUAAUAUAUGUAAAUAUAAUGAAGAUGGUAAACAAUUAAGACAGCAAUAUGAAACAAUUGAAGCGCACGCAGAAGCAGUUUAUGAAAAUAUAACCAUGAAUUCGCUUCGUCGUAUUCAAAGUAAACAACAUGAAUUAAAACGUUUAAAAUCUGUAUAUGAGAAGAAAUUGGAAAAAUUAGGUGUGGAAGAGCAGGCCGAUGUUCAAGAUGUUGUGAAUAAAGCGAACACGUUGCUAAAUACACGAUGGCGAUGUGGCAUAAAAACAUUGGAAACAAUACAACAACAUGAAAAUGAGAUUAAUGCAUACAUACGACAAAUGGAACAGGAUAUCGAUGAUGAAGUUGAAAACGUCAAAGAUGGAUAUCUACGAGAAUUAGCAACAUCCGAAGCAAACUCAAAACGGCUAAUUGUUAGUGUGAGUACUUUGCGAAAACGUUAUAAUGCUAUAGUUGUUCGUAUGGAAUCACGUGAUGUUGAGAAAACAGAUUUGCAAACAGAGGUGAAAGAAUUACACGAUAAACAAUUUGAGCUAACGGAUCAUUUGAAUCAUUUUUAUCAAAUAAUUAAAAAAAAGGAAGAUCGAAUUGGAACUCAUGAUGUUAAACUUCACCGGCUACAACAUCACAUUUUACAUGUCGAAAAACGAAAAUAUGUUUUAGAUUAUAAAACAAAAUCGUUACUAGAACGCAUUGAACCAAUUGACCAAGAAAUAAAUCGUUUGAAACAAAAUUCAGGUGAAAUUGAACAACAACUUACCCUACUUAAACGUCAACAAAAAGAGUUGAUUUCACGAGAAAAAGAUUAUGAGUAUAAAUUACACGAAUCGCGUAGAGAUUUAAAGACAGCCCAAAAAAUGCACAAGAAACUGUGGAGAAUUGUUAAACGUCAAAAAGAGCUUGUUAAAAAAUCACUGAAAUUGACUGAAAUAACAUGUACUACACGAGGAUUCAAAGAAGAUUUAGAACAUUUUGUGAAGGAAAUGUGUGAUAUGCUGAGGAGAGAACAAAUAUUCGAACAUCAAAUAGAAAUACAUGGAUUUUUAAAAGAAUGGACACACCAAAGAGGAUGGCUAUUAAAUCAAAUGCAUGAUCUAACAAAACGUACUGAAUUGGCUGAACAGUUUCAAUUACGCGCUCAACGUGAACAUCGUAAAAUCAUCGCACCAUUUGCUCAGCAAUUGGAUGAAUUACAUAGAAUAUUCGAUACAACUCAAAAGCAUAUACAAAAGCGUUUAUUUAAUUUGAAAAUAAAAACCAGUGAACAAGUAGAAUUUUUACGACAAGUCUCAGAAACUAUACAUGGUAAUGAAAAAUUACAUAUGAGCAUUGAAAAAGUGAGACAAGUCGAAUUACACGUAGAAAUGCAAGAGAAAGAAAUUGAACGUUUAAGCUCAAUCGUAUUUCGUUUUCAAUAUUGUCAACCAUGUUUAGAUGUUAAUAAAAAAAUUCUUGGAGUCGAGAUGACAACAACAACACCAUUGUUAGCACCGCUGCCAGAAAUAUUAUCACCAUUAAAUGUAUAG